CAAAAAUCCUUACAUACUUUGUUUUACAAUGGAAAAUCCAUCAGUAUUGAAUGGUGAAAGUGCUGAUUCAACUUCUUCUUCUUCCUCUUCUUCUUGGUUAACUUAUAAAAGAGCCAGGAGGGCUAAUGGAGAAGAAGAAGAAAUUACAUCUGACAACAAGAAGACUAAAUUUGUAUUACCCCCUGAUUUUCUUGAACCACUGAAUAAAUUUGAGAAGGAAGAAAAAAUCUUAGCACAUUUACCAUUGUCUUCAUGGAAUCCUGGAGAUUCCAGUACUACUCAAUUAUUUUGUGUUCCAUAUUGUAGGCAGUUCUGGAAGGCAGGGGAUUAUGAAGAUAGUUCUUCGGGACGUGAAGGCGAUACGACACUAAUUGAUGGUAUGGAUCAUGUGAGGGUGCAUCCUAGGUUUCUGCAUUCUAAUGCAACCAGUCAUAAGUGGGUUCUUGGAGCUGUUGCGGAGCUGCUUGACAAUUCUCUAGAUGAGGCCAUCAAUGGAGGUACAUAUUGUCAUAUUGAUAUGCUUUUAAAUAAGAAAGAUGGUUCUAGGAUGUUGCUUGUAGAAGAUAAUGGUGGUGGUAUGUCUCCUGGAACAAUGCGACACUGUAUGUCUCUAGGGUAUUCUGCAAAAAGUAAAUUAGCGAAUACCAUCGGUCAAUAUGGGAAUGGUUUUAAAACUAGUACAAUGAGGGUUGGAGCUGAUGUCAUUGUGUUUUCGCGAUGUCCUGGAAAAGAUGGAGGAAGGGCUACGCAAAGCAUUGGACUACUGUCGUACACGUUCUUGACGUGCACUGGCAAGGAGGAUAUUGUAGUUCCCAUACUUGAUUAUGAGAAAAAUGGCGAAGAUUGGAGCAACAUUGUACAAGCAUCGUCAUCUUCAGUUGAUUGGAAUAAGAAUGUAGAGACAAUUGCACAGUGGUCUCCUUAUGCAAGCGAAGCCGAGCUUCUAGAGCAGUUCAAUUUUAUUAAAGAUCAAGGUACUCGUAUAAUCAUAUACAAUCUUUGGGAAGAUGAGGAAGGAGAUCUAGAACUUGAUUUUGAGUCUGAUAUCCAUGACAUUCAAAUUAGAGGUGCCAACCGAGAUGAAAUGAAGAUACAAAUGGCUAAGGAUUAUCCUAAAUCUGAGCAAUUUUUGACUUAUACGCAUUCAUUAAGGAGUUAUUCUUCCAUUCUAUAUCUUAAGCCUCCACCAGGAUUUCGGAUCAUUUUGCGCGGUCAAGAUGUUGUGCACUAUAACAUUGUGAGCAAUAUGUAUAAGUUAGAAAAUAUUAGAUACAAACCAGCUGGUCUUGAUAGUGCUAAGGUGAAUGCCAAGCGCGUGAUAGGAAAAAUGGGGUUCCAUAAGGAUGCAAAAGCACACCUUGACAUCCAAGGGUUUAAUGCAUAUCACAGGAACAGACUAAUUAAGCCAUUCUGGAGGGUUUGGAACACUCCAUCAAGUGGGGGGCGUGGGGUUAUAGGUGUGGUGGAGGCUAACUUUAUCAAACCAGCACAUGAUAAACAAGAUUUUGAGAAAACAAUUAUGCUUUCAAGACUGGAGACGAAAUUGAUAGAUGUACUAAAAAAAUACUGGAAUAAACACAAAAGUGCUAUUGGUUAUUUUGACCCGAAACAUAUGAACACUCCAAGCACGUCACGCAGUGGUAAAGCUCGACGUUACUUGCCUAAAACCAACUACCUGGCCAAUGCAGAGGUUACAAUCCCAGUGGUCAAUGCAGAGACUACAAUCCCAGUUAUGGAGAAGUGCGACUCGCUUUCAAUUCAUUCAGAUAGUACUAGAAGAGGGACGCUUAGAUCUGCUCAAAGAGGGAAAGGCAAGCAGGGGAAUGGAUGUAAGAAUCAUGAGGGUACAGGAAUGAGUGUGGAGAAUGGAAAAGAAUCAGGCGUGAUUGUCAAUGUCAAGGAGAAGCCAGCUGAUCAAAACUUAGCUUCAGAAAGAAAUGAACAAGUAGCUGAUUCGGGUACAACUUCUGGCAAUAAUUUGAUAACUGAGAAUCUCGAAUGGAGGAACAGAAAAAAGCGUACGAGUGAAAUAUUAUCAAGUGAUUCGAAGAGCAAACCAGAUAGAGCUAAAGAGCCUGAAGACGAAGCUCCCCAGGCAGAUGCAGCUCUUCUACAUGAUUUGCAAGUAGAGAAUCGUGAAUUGAAAGACAGAAUAAAAGAAGUCGAGGAAAAGCACUUGCACGACUUAAAAAUCAAACAAACAAAUGAAGCUCCCCUGGCAGAUGCAGCUCUUCUACAAGAUUUGCAAGUAGAGAACCGUGAAUUAAAAGAUAGAAUAAAAGAACUCGAGGAAAAGCACUUGCUGGACUUAAAAUUACAAAAAGAGAAACCCGAGGAAAAGCACUUGCACGACUUAGAACUACAAGCACAGAAACUUGAGGAAAAGCACUUGCACGACUUAGAAUUACAAAGGGAGAAAUGUCGAGCCUUGGAAGCUCAAUUGAAAGAAGCAAAUGAUAACUUUGAGGUACUGGACAACGAGCAAGACACACUUAUCGAUUUAUUUUCAGAGGAAAGGACUCGACGAGAUGCUGUAGAAGAAAACUUGACUAACAAAUUGAAGGCUGCAUCCGUUACUAUACAAGAGCUGCAAGAUAAGGUUUGCGAUCUUGAGAGGAAGAAUCUCAUCAGCUGAUAAACCCCCCUCUUCCACGACAACUGAAGACAUAUCAUUUAUGAAGUUGUAUG